AUCAAUUGUAGCAUAUUCUACAUCGAACGCGCCUAAACACAUAUGUUGCCACAGUCGUGCCAGUAUGCAAAUUUGUUUGAUACCAUAAGAUCAGUCGGCCCCGUUUGUGACCUUUUACAACAUGGCGCUGUCCAAGGUAACGGAUGUGCUAGCAGACCUCCCUGUGGCUGUGAAGGUUGCAGGCGGGGUCGUUCUCACAGGGGCAGUUCUGACAGGUGUGUGGAAAGGAUUUCGGUCUCGCCGAACUAUCAGGAAGGAAUAUCCACGAGAUACCAUUGUUAUUCAUCAGAUAGGGCGGGGUCCAUACGUACCCAGUCUCACGCCUUUCGCCAUAAAAUUAGAGACGUAUUUGCGAUUGGAGGGCAUUCCCUACGAGGUUGUACAUAGCUGGUCUAGGAGAAGCACGAGAACAGGAAAAGUGCCCUUUUUGGAAUACAAUGGAGAAGAAAUCCCAGAUAGCGAGUUUAUACUUGAGUUCCUUAGUAAAGAGAAGAAUUUUGACAUGCACAAAGGGCUCACUAAAGAACAGAUAGGGGUCGGCAAAGCUUUCCAAAGGAUGGCCGAGGAAAAAACCUACUGGUGCUUCGUGGCUGAUCGAUGGGUUCUUGACGAAACCAAUGGAAUUUGGAAGUCCUUCAAUGUAUCUCCAUUUCUCGCGAGAUUAAUGAAACGCGGGACUCGGAAGAGGUUAUAUAAUAAUGGUAUAUUACGGCACACACCAGAGGAAAUACGUCACAUCAUGUCCGAAGAUCUGAAAGCACUGUCGUACUACCUAGGAUCAAAGAAAUUUCUGUUCGGCGAUAAAGCCUGUAAAUUUGACUGUGCCAUCUUUGGCAUUCUGGCAGAAAUCAGAUGGGCGUCGUUUGGUGGGUUUGGAACGUCUGUCAUAAAAGAAUAUCCCAACCUCUGUGACUACUGUGAGCGAAUGAAGGACACUUUCUGGCCGGACUGGGAUAAUUAUAAAGAGCGUGAUGGUACCAAGUAAUCAAAAUGUCUUCAUUUACCCCACAUAAUUGGACAAUUGAUUGGUGUUGUUGAGAUUAGGCACCAAGUUGUUUUGUUUUAGAGAUUGAGUUGUCAAGUCUAGUGCUAAUAUCUCUAUGCUAAUAUGUUCAAAGAUGUCAUCUAUGACAAAAAAGCUAAUAGGCCACAAGCCUACAAACAAGAAUUCACUCGUCAGGCACUACAAGUCUGAGGCCUAACAGGAGACAAGAUCAAAGGGAGUGGUGAUGAUAAUGCUGCUGAUGAUGAUAAUGAUGAUGAGCCCUUGUUUUGAAUGAGGAUAUAAUCUGGCAAGUGUAAUUCCUUAAUCAGAUGAUACUGGCUGGGAAAUACGUUAUCAUUACUUAAUUAGUUCAUAUUAAAUUAUUCAGUCCAAUAA